AUGUAAGCCAACUUGGCUCACUUUUUUUUAGUUCUCAAAUCAUAGGAGUGUGUCCAAUAUCAAGAUAUCAAUGGUGCUCAAUAUGAAGGAUAGAUACGACUCAUAUAACCACAUGAACAAAAACUGGUAUUCAAUUAUACUCGCAAUUUGGCAACUAAUGAAUCUAAUGAUAAUAAGCUAGUGCAAUUCAAAGAUCUAACUUAUUUGAAGGUGCAAAAUCAAAUACCGUAAUCUCAGAUAGUUGAGAAAUCCAAAUCUGAAAAAAAAACAAAGACUUUUGUGAGAUGGGAACAGAAUGUGGAUGCAUCAAACUUAGAAGAUUAAGCAGUGAAAAACUUCGAUCAAUUCGAGGCUAUUAAAAAAUUUGGCAUUGAACCUACCUAUGAUGAAAAUAAAUAUACCACCAAAUUGAUAGCCCCUGUAACUGAAGAUUUAAGAUUGUAUGCAGAAAAAUGCGAAAAAGAAUUGAAAAAUGACACAUCCAAUAAACAUGUACUUGAAGAGCGAAAUCUAAAACAAUUAGACGAUGAAGAAUAAGCAUAUUCUGAAGUUAUUAGAGAACAACCAUAAUAGAUGGCACAAGUUCAAUAAACAAUCUAAACUUAAUUAACAUCUCCUCCAAUUCAAUUUUUCAAUUCUAAUAAAAAAAAAGAAAAAAACAAUAAAAUAUUAUUUAUAGAAAAACUAUUAGAACCUGUCAAUCUAAUUUCGGAUGAUCCUGAAUAAUAAAUGAAAAUUAAAUAGAUAAAUUAAGAAGCCACAACCAAGUUUAAAUUUCAAUAGGCUACUACUGAUAAUAUCCCUAAAUUAAUGCUUUCUAAUUUCAUUAAUGCCAUUGAAGGUUAUAAAUGGUAAAACAUGAAUCCAGACCCAAGCAAAAACAAAAAAGAGAAACUCAAAAAAUGA